AUGGACUUCAUUGAUGAAGUCGCCGACAAUAUCAAGGAGGGUCUCUUCCACUUGGCGAAACGAGACAGGAACCAGCAGCAAACGUCCUAUGGUAAAAAAGCCCAGUCGAAGUCGUUCUUCCGCGACCGCAAGAAUGAAGGCAAAAACGAGAUCCUCUAUACCGAUCAGGUGCCGGUCAUGUUACCGGAUAACAAGAAAGCUAAAUACGACAGCCUCUGCAUUCAAAAAUUCAAGGACUCGACACAGAGCUUCAUUUCGCACGGAUUCCAGGCCCACAAAACCACACACAUCAAGAUCCAGAGCCGGUUUCUCUGCGCAGAACUUCGUCCCAUCUUCCGAGACUAUGACGUUGAUUUUAACGAUGAGGACGGCAUCUUGACCUUUGAGCCGUUCGAGCCCCUUUACUUCAAGAGGUACGACAUAUGGCGUCGGGCUCGCCAGCUCGAAGAGAGUGUCGAGGACGACGCGGCGGGGGCAGAGGCUCAAGAGCAUCUGGAAUUCAUCAUCAAAGAUGUACUAAAUGACGACAUGUAUGACUUGAUCAAGGACGCGGACGAGCUUCAUGAACAAGGCCAGAUUACUUGGAACCUACUAUGGACACUGUUCCCUCAUCACUCCCUCGUGAUUGCAAAUAAUGCAUGGGGUUACCAACAGGCCUACCAGGUCCUCGGGUUCAAAUAUAUCAAGGAUGAAACCAUGUCACCCUUAUUCUUCGACAUCACUUAUCAAUACAUUCACUUCGACGCUUUUCGAUAUAGGUUCGUCAAGGCCAAUCUCACCAUUCCGCACUUCACUGGAAAGCGCCGUAUCAACGAGCUUGACGUCUACCCAACCGACCGAGUUCCGAAUCCAACCAAGCUCAGGAGCGAACUAACGGCACGCGGCAGAUUGAUGCUAGACUACCAAGAUGUGCAUCAUAUCCAGAUCCUACCAGCACUACUUGAUAGCUCUCGUGAAAACUAUGACGAGAUUCUGAAGGACCUCGGCCGAGCUGACGCUAUCAGCACACAGCCUUCCCAAGACUCACGAAGACCUGCGUCUGGGUCUGCGGUGGACUCACGGAGGAGGCCUAGCAAGGAGACACAAGCCAUGAACAGAAUACUCGUCGAAAUGGAGGACGACAACCUGCUGCUCACGUGCCCGCUUCUACACGCCUUUUCGCUCCGGUCAAAAAAGUGGAUCGCUUUCUACGACAAUGCCUACGCUCACCUCGUUGCGGAUGACAAUCGGAAGUCACUGCUUCUCUCGCUGGUUAAGAGUCAGCUCAUUGUCUCGGAAGUCCCCGAAGACCCUAUUCCAGAGAAAGGGUUCAUCUAA